UAUCGAGAACAAUUUCAAUAAUUCAUGGCUGAAGUAGAAGUAACACAAAAACCUGUUCAAGAGAUGGUAGAAAAUGGGAUUCAGUUUCCAAAUGAAUAUAUUUGGAAAGAUGCUAAUUAUGGAGUCAUAGAUGCAUUUGCGCCACUCGCAGAAAUUCCAGUUAUUGAUAUUGCUCGUUUGAAUAAUGUCGAAGAACUCGACAAACUUCGAUCGGCUCUCACCUCAUGGGGAUGCUUUCAGGCAAUCAAUCAUGGAAUUGAAUUUUCCCUUCUGGAAAAAAUACGUGAAGUUGGUAGACAGUUUUUUCACCUUCCUAUGAUGGAGAAGCAAAAAUAUGCCAGAGAGGCAGGCAAAAUAGAUGGAUAUGGGAAUGAUAUGAUUCUUUUCGAGAAUCAAACGCUUGAUUGGUUUGAUCGGCUGAUGCUUUUAGUUCAUCCAGAAAAUGAGAGAAAACUCAAAUUUUGGCCUGAAAAUCCACAAUCUUUUAGGGCUAUAUUGUUCGAAUAUGCUACAAGGAUUGAGCAGAUAGAAGAACAACUAUUGAAGUCUAUGGCGAGAUCAUUGAAUUUAGAAGAGGACUGCUUCUUGAAGCAAUGUGGUCAGCUUAAACGAUUGGCUGCGCAAUUCAACUAUUACCCUCCUUGUCCAAGGCCUGAUUGUGUCCUUGGACUCAAGCCACAUGCUGAUGCUACGACAGUAACCAUUCUCCUGCAAGAUGAAGAGAUAGAAGGUCUACAAGUCAUGAAAGAUGAUAAGUGGUUUCGUGUUCCUAUAAUCCCUGGUGCUCUUCUCGUUAAUGUUGGUGAUCAAAUAGAGAUAAUGAGUAAUGGAAUUUUUAAGAGCCCAGUGCACAGAGCAUUAACAAACUCCAAGAAGGAGAGGAAAACUCUAGCCAUGUUCUGUGCUUCAGAAGUUGGAAAAGAGAUUGAACCAGUGGGGAAACUUAUUAAUGACAAUAGGCCAAGAUUAUACAAGGCAGUGAGAGAUUAUCAUGAGACUUUUAUCUUCUCCUACCAGCAGGGAAAGAGGGCAAUUGAUGCAGUGAAAAUGUAGUUAUGACAUGAUCUUUAUUUUUACAGUAAAUCAUGUAGUCUCAAGGAUCAAGGGAUUCCAAGACAAGCUCUUUCUUCCUUCUCUUUGUGUGUUGUGUAGCUGCAAUAAAUAGUGGGUGAUCUUACCAAAUUUAGAUCUACCCUUUCCC